GGCUGGCCAUGGCGCUGCGGGCCGUCUCGCGCCUGCGGGGGGCGCUCGGCUGGGUCCUUCGCGCUCGGGCGGGCGCGUGUCAGGCGCGCGGCGCGGCGGGCUCCGGGCUCGACGAGCUGCGGGCCGAGCCUGACCGCUUCGGGGGCCUGUGGGUGCGGCUGGCGGCGCGCCCGUCCGUGGAUCCCGCCGCCUUCCGGAGCCGCCUGCAGGCCAUGCUAGAGAACUGGCGGCGUGAGGGCAGGAUCGCGGUGUGGCUGCAUGUCCCCAUUCUCCAGAGCCAGUGCAUCGGGCCUGCCUCCUCAUUGGGUUUCCGCUUCCACCAUGCAGAAGGGGAUGCAGCCACACUGGCUCUGUGGCUGGCUGAUGGGCCCAGCCGGCUGCCAGCUUUCGCCACGCACCAGGUCGGAGUGGCAGGAGCUGUGUUUGAUGAGGACUCAGGGAGGAUCCUGGUGGUGCAGGACAGACACCAGGUAAAGAACAUGUGGAAGUUUCCGGGAGGACUGUCAGAGCCAGGAGAGGAUAUCGGAGACACAGCAAUCCGUGAGGUCUGGGAGGAGACUGGCAUCCGGGCCGAAUUCCGGUCACUGUUGAGCAUCCGGCAGCAGCACUCCAGACCCGGCGCCUUCGGCAAGUCUGACAUGUACCUGGUGUGCCGUCUGCACCCACUGACCUUUGCGCUCCGCCCGUGCCCCUGGGAGUGCCUACACUGCCAGUGGAUGGAGCUGGCCCAGCUGGCAGCCACGGCACCCGCCACACCCAUCACCCGCAGUGUGGCCCGGUUGCUGCUCUAUGGGUACCGCCGGGGCUUCCAUGAGGUGGAUCUGAUAGUGCAGGAGGACCCAGCCCUGCUCUCCGGUCCGAAGUUGUACCACCGGCAGGUCCCAGGCCCCAAUGGGACCCCGUCCUCGAUGCAGGCCUAG